GAGGAUGGAGGAGAAGCCAUGAUGCACCCCUCGCAUCAGACCAACGGCGCCAGCUUGGAGGACUGCCACACCAACUUCUUUGCCCUGGCGGACCUCUGCGGCAUAAAAUGGAGGAAGCUGGUCUGGGGCGAGACGACGGGCGGGGGCUUCGGGAACAGCGGGCUGCUCGAGGACCCGGUGCUGGCGAGUUUCUCGCGUUGCCUGGCCGGCGACAUACUCUGCGUUUGGCGGCGGGUGUCCGCCGCCCAGGCCAACAGCCAAGGGCACAACGCCGCUGCCAACGCCUCGGCCAACAUCUUCGACCUGAACGCCAUAGCGCCGUCGCCGGCUCCGCCGCCCCUGUCCCUCCAGGCGGCCAAGGAGCUCUGGAUAUUCUGGUACGGCGAGGAACCCGAUCUCUCGGGCUUCGUGUCGCCCGAGCUCGUCGCUUGUGAGAGCGAGCAGGGCUCCUGGGAAAGCGGAUUGUCGUACGAGUGUAGGUCACUGCUGUUCAAGGCGCUGCACAAUCUAAUGGAGCGUUGCUUGCUGUCCCGUGACUUUGUGCGGAUCGGCAAGUGGUUCGUUCAACCGUACGAUGGCUACGAGAAGCACCGAUGCUCGAAUAGCCAUCUGUCGUUCUCGUUUGCGUUUUUCGUGCACGGCGAGAGCACGGUGUGCGCGAGCGUCGACGUCAGGCAGCAUCCGGCUGUUAGGCAUCUCACGAGGGCUUGCUUGCAACGUACCCAGACAACGCAGUCGCCGGUCAAAGUGAUCCUCGCUCCGUACGGCCUGGCGGGCACGCUGACGGGCCAAGUGGCUCGCCUGGACUCUCAAUUGCUGGACGAGUGGAAGCACUUUUACCCGAUAAACAGCUCGUGCCUCGAGCCCGGGCUACCAGCUUUGGUAGAGGUCCUCGUCGGAGGGGUCCGGAUGCGCUACCCAUCCUGCUACGUCCUCGUCACGGACAUGGACGAGAAUCCCGUGACGGCAUCGUCGACGGCCACGGGAUCGACGACAACGACGACAACGACGACGACGACGAGCAGCCCGCAUUGCAGUCCGGCGAUGCAGCACCAGUCCCCGACACCACCGCCGGCCCCCUGCAUCGAGAUAACCUUGCCUCUGUCGCCGCCCACGAGUCCCGCGAGCUACGAGCAUCCGUUGUCGAUGCAGCGCGACCUGGGACCCAACACCGAGCUGCCCGAGCGCGUCUGGGCCGAGUCCAUCGUUGGCGCUCGGACACCAGUCGUCAGUCCGCAUCACAAGCCAACCACGACGACGACGGUCGAGCCACCGGAGCAUAUACUCGGCAGUUGGAACUUUGUCGAUCCUACCCUCAAGUCUUCCUGCUGCUGCUGCUGCUCGUCCAAGGCACGAGGAGGAGGAGGUGGACGGAAGCGGAGGUACGAGGACAUUAAGCAGAUCGGUUAUAGGUGCUCGGCUCCCGGAGGCUGGAAAGGUGGCGGUGGCAGCAGUAGCAGCAGCAGCAAUAGUGUCACCGGUAACAACAGCGCCAUACCCUCGGCUCCCUCGUCGACGACGCAACUAGCCUUAUCCUCCUCUUCGCCAGCCACCGCCACCACCACGACCACUUCUUCUUCUUCUUCUUCGUCCUCUUUUUCUUCGUCAUCUUCUUCUUCUUCUUCUUCUUCAUCAUCAUCGUCAUCGGCUGGUAACAGCAGCAGCACCACAUCAUCGGGCAACAGUAGCAGUGGCAGUAGCAACAAUAAUAUUAGUAGCGCUGGAGGUGGUGGAGGAGGAGGAAGUGGUAGCACGACCAGCAGGUCGGAAAGAUCCGAAAGGUCAGGAGGAAGCAGGAGGACAGCUACGGUGCCGUUCCACCGUCGGCAAAUCCAGCACUGGGAUGCUAUUCCGAGAACUGCUAGCUCCACUGCUGCUGCUGCUAUGCGAGCCAAGGCUGCUGGUGCUACGACGAAUACGACGACGAGUACAACGACGAUGACGACGACGACGACUGCUGGUGCUGUUGUUGUUGCGACUACCAGCUCCAAUUGUCCAAACCUUCCUCCCAAUAGUGCCCCAAGAGGACCAACGAGUCGAACGGACGGGCCAAAGACACCCCAGGAGGGUGGGCCACCCUCGUACUCCCGCCCGGGUAACGAGUGCAACAACAAUAGCUUGUCCGGGGGUGCGGUACCGUCGGUGGGCUCGCCAGCCUCGCCUGCACCCUCGCCCAUGCCAACUCCGCAUUCGGAGCCCCCGAGCAGUAUACCGCCGACCGAUGGCAGCCUGCAGCUCCAACAGCCGUCCUCGGCAGCGCCGGCGGCUGGAUUUCUCAGUCCCCAGGUGACGCAAUCUACCAGCCAACCGCCCAGCACCAGCAGCGCCCAACCACCCCUCACGCCGCUGCAGGGACCAAAGUCGGCUAACGCCCAGGUGGUGGCAAGCCCAGCGGCCGCGUCGCUGCAUCAACAGCAGCACCACCAGCAACAGCAGCAACAUCAGCAGCAGCAGCAGCAGCAGCAUGGAAUCCAGUCUCUAAUACCUGCCCCACCGACUCUCAAGCGACCGCUGCUUACCUCACGAGAUUACGAGGAGGCCCUGGUGGUGGACGAGCUGCUCUCGCUGCCUUACCUCUACGACUACUCGACCCAGGAGGCAUGGAUGAAUCACCCGGUGAAACGGCUAAAGGCUGCUUUGCCGGUACCCCAUCCGCGAGUACUGAGCAACGCCAAUCUCUAUCCCCCGACGAUAUCAGCAGCGACGAUGCCGACGUCGUCGUCGCUCUCGUUGUCGUCGUCGCUGUCACUGGCGUCGUCACUGUCGUCGAGCUGCGCCAACGGCCAGGCCGAGCUCGGACACGUGGCUUCGCCACUAGCCUCUGCCCAGAACCCAAUGUCCCGAAUUGAGAUCAAGCAGGAGCCCGGAACGACGCCCGGGGAAUGCGGGAGGCCGGAUCCGUAUGAAUUCGACGCGACCGGAGAGGAGAACGGCGCUGGCGUCGACGCACUUAAAAAACAACGAGACGAGUCCAAGCCAAGCUCUCUAUUCACCAGCGAAGGCCUUCAAGCAUCGUACAAAGACUUGGACCAGAUAUUCGAUAAUUCCGACGCUGACAACUCCAGCGACGAAACUAAUCUUAAUCAGCUACAGGUGCAAACGCCGCCAGACUCGAACAAGUCGGGCGGGGGUGUAGCUCACGAUGGCGCGGACGGCGGCAGUACCCGGUUAAUUGACGCCAACUCGACGAGCAUCAUCAGUACGAACGCGAGCUCGUGCAACAGUAUGACCGUCAACAGCACCACUAUAACGAGUAGCAGCGCGAGCACGAAGAGUGCCUUCGUCUGCACCUCGUCCUCGACUCCGCCGUCCUCGACCCCACCAUCCGCGUCGUGCGUGCGCGGAGGUGUGACGAAUCGAACGCCACCGCGUCAGGACGAGUUGUCAAAGAUGUAUCCGACCCCGCCUUCGUUGGACAACCUAUCACCCGGCCAGAUAAUCAACGAUCCGAGUCCAGGUGGUAUCGAUCUCAUGGAGUACGGCAAUGGGGGCACGCCCCGGCAUCGACAACAGCCCGACAUUUACCCGAACAUGGGCUCGCCGCCCGAGGAGCCAAUCGAGGACUGGUCGUACGUGUUCAGGCCACCCACGAUGUGCAAACUCGUCGGCUCGUCCAAGUACGCGCCGCUCACCAAUUUACCCAGCCAGUGCUUGCCUCCUGUAAUCCUACCCCCUCACUGCGUCUACAGGACGUCUUGGCAGUGCAACAACGCCAAUUCCAAUCAGAGCCAAGAAAAGUCCGUGCAAUCGACUCGAUCAAACUCCGUUCAGCAACACCAGCAGCAGCCGCAGCAGCAGCACCAACAGCAACAACAACAACAACAACAGCAGCAGCAGCAACAACACAUGCAACAGCAGCAUCAGCACAUGACGCCACAGCAGCAGCAUCAGUUCCACCAGCAAAUGCUUCAACAACAGCAACAGCAGCACCACCAUCAUCACCAGCAGCAGCAGCAGCAACAACUUCUUCCUUCGAGUCCGGCAACUCAGAUGCUGGGCGCGACGCCGCCGUACCACCGGCCGUCGCCGCAGAUGCCGGGGCGCCCGCCCCCACCACCCUACGACAAUCCCUCGCCAGCAACCUCCACCACCUCGUCGUACCUCAACAAGAACCUGAACAGUAUCGAGCCCGAGACGCCCGGGCCGCUUCGCGCACCCGAGUCCAACUCGCUGGUUGUAAACAUACUUUUGGGCGACACCGCGCUCAACAUAUUCCGCGACCACAACUUCGACAGUUGCGGUCUGUGCGUGUGUAACGCCGGGGCAAAGGUCGUUGGUAAUAUCAAGGGCGCCGACGCAGGCACUUAUCUGACUGGCUCGUGGGCCAACGGUAACAAUGUCUUCCAGUCGGACGAUGAUCAAAUAAAGUGCAACUGCGGCUUCAGCGCGGUGGUAAAUCGCCGGCUAGCGCACAAGGCCGGCUUGUUCUAUGAGGACGAGCAAGAGAUAACGGGCGUGGCUGAGGAUCCCGCGGAAAAGAAAAAGUCAAGCCUUGCCGCCAUCGCUUGCAUAGACACGAAGAAGAGCGGCAACGUCGAGACGAUCGACGGACUGCCGCCGAGCGUGCUCGAGCUUCUGCGGGAGCAGUGUUUGAUCGUUCAGAGCUCGGCGAGUAGUCUGUACAGAGCUGCCCGGCUUUACGCCGUGAAUCGCAGCAAAUCCAACUCUCUGACCGUCAACGCACUAGAGUUUAGCGAUGGUAACGAGUUGUCCCUGGCUGCCCUUGACCAAGGCAAACUCGACGGUAAAACAUCAUUAAUGACACACCCAUGUGGUUCUCCGGUGGAUCGCAGCCAACGCGUGAGCAGCGUACACCGCUGGCCGUUUUUACGAGCCAAGGGUCCCCAGUGCAACGGCGACAUCGUGCGCGUCAUGAAAUCGCUGCUGCCUCUCCUGCAAGAGGCCAUCCAGCAAAAGAAAAACACGCGAAUGUGGGACGCACCCUACACCGUGCAGAUACUCACGUGGCGCGGUUUUCACAAACUCGCGAGUCGUGACACCAAGGAUCUCUGCGAGCCCCAGCCCGUGCCCGCACUCGUCGUCGGCUACGACAAGGACUGGCUCUCGUUGUCGCCUUACGCCCUCAAUUACUGGGAAAAACUGCUGCUCGAGCCGUAUGCCGGCUCACGGGACGUCGCCUACGUUAUUCUCGCACCCGACAAUGACUGCGUCGUAGGAAAGGUCCGAUCGUUCUUCCGUGAACUAUCCACGACGUACGAGAUCUGUCGACUGGGCAAGCACACGCCCAUCAGCAAGAUGGUACGCGAUGGUAUCAUACGCGUCGGCAAAUCCACGGCCCAAAAGCUCUUCAUCACCAACGCUGGAAACAACAAUAACAACAACAAUAGUAAACAGCAACAGCAGCAGCAGCAGCAGCAACCGAUCGACGAGUGGUUCAAAAUACUCGGAGAGAAUCAAAUCGGCGAGUGUCUCAAGUUGUACGCGCAGGUGUGCAACAACCGGUUAGCGCCCUACCUCACCCAAGUGUUGCAGGAUCGAAGUUUGUUUGAGAGUGGCGACGCGACCAUGACGAGCAGCAAACACAACCACCCGGGUAGCAACGCGUCAGACGCGAUGCCCCCUACUCCGGAUGGUGUGUCCAUCAAGCACGAUCCGGCCGACGGUCAACACCAAGGUGAUAACGCGCGUAGCGAAACUCCUUCGAACGCUACGCCGAGCGUUAACUCGGGCGUGGCCGGUAACACGGUGAACCCGAUAUCACAGGCCAACGCGGGUGGCGGUAAUCAGGGUUCGAUGUCAGGUGGAAGCCAGCAACAGGCAGCGGCAGUUGGUCCCGACGACGAGGAACUCGAGCUGCCGUCGGUGGUCGUCUAUCUGGUGGAGCCGUUUUCGCUCAACGGUGCCGACUGUCCUGAUCGCCGUAGACUGGCCAUACUCGCGCUACUGCGCGCCUUCGCUGCCGCCGUCAACAGCAUGCCCGAGAGCAUCAGGGCCAACGUGAACGUACAGCUCAUAUCGUUGGAGAGUAUAAUGGAGUUGGGACGCGUGCGAGAGAGGCGAAAAAUCCAGGACGAAAUGAGAGCACUGGCUCUCAACGUGUUUCUACAAGGACGUAGGAUUCUGUCGCACAAUUCGAUUAUCAGGAGCCUCACGGGCUUCGGCACUGCAGCGGCUGCCGAUCUCUUCCUCAAGAACAAAGAUUCGCAUGCUAACAUUCUGCUUGCACCUGCACAUCAGGAACGCAACCGAGCACCGAUACGCCUGUAUGCGCCCGCCUACGUAUUGGCGCCGUUGCACUGCAAGAGCGAAGCCCCGGACUCGUUUGGCACCCAGGGACCCGAAGAGUGUGCGGUUCUAUAUUUGAGCUACUGUCUGAGCGAAGAUCAGUCCUGGCUGUUGGCUGUUGCUACAGACGACAGAGGCGAAAUAUUUGAAACUGCGACUAUAAACAUCGACAUCCCGAACAGGAAAAGACGGAAGCGAGCGUCGGCCCGUCGUGCCGGCUUGCAGAAGCUCAUGGAUUUUAUACUCGGGAUCAUGUCUCAAGGGGUACAGCCAUGGAGGCUAGUAGUAGGCCGAGUCGGUCGCAUCGGUCACGGUGAGCUGAAAGGCUGGAGCUGGUUGCUGUCCCGAAAAGCCCUUCAGAAGGCAUCGAAGCAUCUGAAAGACAUCUGCGGCCAGUGCAAUUUGCUCUAUCCAACGGCAGCGCCCUGCGUGCUCAGCGCUUGCUUGGUUUCCCUUGAGCCCGACAGUACGCUCCGACUAAUGGCCGAUCAUUUUGCGCCCGACGAGCGCUUCAGCCAAGCCUCGGUCAAUUGCCAACUGUCGACGCCUCAGGACGUCACCUGUACCCACAUCCUUGUCUUCCCCACCUCGGCCACCACGCAGUCGUCACAGACUGCCUUCAACGAGCAACAGAUCAACGAGCCUGAUCUGGGCGACGAUGAGCUCUUUUCCGCGCUACACGACGACCUGCCCGAAGGCAUGGAAGGUAUGACGGACUUCAACGACAUAUUCUCUGGUGUAUGGCCGGAGCCGGGCGCUGGGGGUGGACAGAGCCCGAGCGGGAGUCCACGUAGGCCUGAAGGCUCGCCUCUGGGAGGUGAUGGCCCCGGCUCCGGACUCGGCAAUCACGACGGUGUCAGCGAUAGUCCCUUCCCCUGCAGUAACACGCCCAGGGCUAACGGAGCGGAUCAGGCGGAAGAAGUUGGCCCUCUGCUACAGCAGCCUCUGGCUUUGGGAUAUCUCGUCUCGACAGCCCCGACGGGCCGUAUGCCCUCGUGGUUCUGGGCAGCGUGUCCCCACCUCGAGGGUGUCUGUCCGGUCUUCCUUAAGAACGCCCUGCACCUGCACAGCCCCGCGGUCCAGCAGAACAGCGACGAAUUGCUGCAACAGCAGAGCGCCGUUACCGUACACGGCCUCGACUCCCACUUUACCACUGACGUGCUGAGAUACGUACUGGAGGGCUACAAUGCGUUAUCUUGGCUCUCGGUAGAUGCCAAUACGAAGGACCGAUUGUCCUGCCUGCCGGUACACAUACAGGCGCUCAUGCAGCUGUAUCACGCGACAGCGGCCCUCGUCUGACCCACACCACGACGUCGCAACCACCACAACCACCACCACCACAUCAUGUCUUCUUCUAAUUCUUGCUCCUUCCCAAUAACAAAAAUUACUUCCCUAUUAUCUCCAAGCGCGGGGCAGCUACUUUUAUUACUGCAACUUUCUAGCGCACUCAUCAUUAUCGCCGUAUCAUAUGUGAGAGCAUCAACGCGAAAGCGGCUCUCGUCGGUUUUCACCCCGAUGAUGCCUCUCAUUACCGUAACCUAUGAAUUAAAUAUUGUAGAGAUUAUGUAAAGUAACGACGAGCGAUGAGAUUGAUGACGAAGGUGUAGGCAAACGACGGCCACUGUCCUUCGUCACGACAAGCGCGCGCGUGCCCGAGAGAAAAAGAAGAGAGUAAAUCAGCCAUUCCUGCCCGUAUUUUUGAGCUAUUAUUGUUUUGAAAAAACGAAAAACUAUAUGUUUUCUUCCUUUCUUUUUAUCAAGUUGACAAUGUUCGGGAUAAGCUUGCUGUUAAUUAAUCGUUAUUUCAAUCGUACUUAACAGCAUUUCGUUCUAGACUAAUGUGUAAAUAGUAGAAAAAAGAGGGACGGGGAUAAUCUUGGCACUAGAAAAUCAUCCGAAUAAUGAACUUUGAUUUGAAUAUUAGUAUAAGUAGUACCAAUGCGAAUGUGUAUUUUUUUUUUUUUUUAUGAAGUAUCUGGCUCCUAAUUUUUAAGAUAUAAAAAUAGUUCAAAUUAAUUUGUGAGCUGCUAUUGAAAGUACCAAUUUUAUACAAAUUUUUUUUCAUUUUUUUAUUGCAUCAUCAUUUAUCUGCUGCUAAUAUAAAUAUGUA